AUGUCUUUGAAUAUUACUCAACAACUAGAAAAACCAGUAUAUCCACUUAACACUUCUGAGUUCGCCGAAUAUCUUGAUAAGGAGGAUAAGUUUUCCAAGUUUCGUCAAGAGUUUGUUAUUCCUACAAGAAGAUCCCUUUUAAAUGAUGAUCAAGCUACAGAUGAUGCAGUAUUAGAUGAAGAGUGUACCUAUCUAUGCGGUAACUCAUUAGGUUUGAUGCCAAAGCGUGCACGCCAAUUAGUCAAUGAAGAACUUGAUGCUUGGGGCAGAAGAGGUGUAGAGGGACAUUGGAAUCAUCCAUACAAUAGACCAUGGGCAACCAUAGAUGAAUUAGUAAAGGAACCACUAGCUCGACUUGUUGGUGCAAAACCGAUUGAAGUUACUGCCAUGAACACGCUCACUUCUAAUCUUCACGCUAUGCUCGUCUCUUUCUAUAGGCCAACAGAAGAGAGGUUCAAGAUCUUGAUUGAAAAGAAGGCAUUUCCUUCAGACCAUUACGCUGUAUCGUCUCAUCUCCAUUCUCGUGGCAUUGAUCCCAACGUCGGACUUUUGACCGUAGCGCCUCGUCCAGGAGAACAGACAUUGCGAACAGAGGAUAUCAUUGACUUCAUCAAGAAAGAUAAGCAAAUCGCUGUUGUCAUGCUUGCUGGUGUUCAAUACUAUACUGGUCAGUUCUUUGAAAUCGAAAAGAUCACAAAAGCCGGCCAUGAGGCAGGCUGCAUUGUCGGUUGGGAUCUUGCUCAUGCUGUCGGCAAUGUGCCUUUGAAGUUACAUGAUUGGGGUGUCGACUUUGCAUGUUGGUGUUCAUACAAGUACCUCAACUCAGGUGCUGGAGGUAUCGCAGGAUUAUUUGUUCAUGAAAAGUACAAGACUGACUUUGAGCGCCCAAGGUACGCUGGAUGGUGGGGAAAUCAAAAAGAGAAUCGAUUUGAAAUGCUGCCCGAAUUUCGUCCAAGCGAAGGUGCCUCAGGUUAUCAGCUAAGUAACCCAAGUAUAUUGGCAAUGAACUCUCUCUUGGGGUCACUUCAAGUGUUUGAGGCAGCUGGAGGUAUUAAGGAAUUACGUCAAAAGUCAUACUUGAUCACGGGUUAUCUCGAGCGACUGCUUUUGAGCGAACUAAAAGAGGAACUUGAUCACGACCUUGUGCGCAUUCUUACACCUAGUGAUCCAGAACAGCGUGGAUGUCAGCUGUCGUUGGAGUUUCCUACCAAGAUGAUGGAAGUAUUCGAUGGUCUUCAUAAGCUUGGUAUUAUUGUUGAUGAACGUAAGCCUACGGUCAUUCGAGUUGCACCAGCACCACUUUAUAAUAGCUAUAAAGAUGUUUAUCAAUUCGUCAAGGGGUUAAAGAAAGUAAUGAAUCAGGUGUAUGCCAACUAAUAAAAAAUGAAUUUAUUAUAUAUAAAUAUAUGGUUUGUAUGUGUGCGUGUGCGUGUGUGUGUGCAAAUGUUGUUGCAUAAAUAUUCUAUGUUAGUUAUUAAAAAGAAGGAAAGGAAAGGAUAAGGAAGGGAUAAAGGUAGUAUGUUGAU